ACCACGUUCAUAAUUAGAACAGCACCCAGCUCUGCAAUAUCUAGCAACGAUGAAGAAGAAGACCCUUUCACCGAUGAUCUCCUGCCUUAUCUUGGCCUUCUUUUUCCUCUCAGAUGCAGGAUCUAAUGGCUCGGAUGUUCAACAUAUAUGCACAGUGACAAGCAGGCCGGACGAAGUCAGGAUUAUGAUUUUGAAGAGGCCAGGUGUUCAAUCCACUAGAAUAACGUUCACAAACAACUGUCCGACUACCAUCUGGCCAGGAACCCUAACCACUAAUCAGAAACCUCAACUAUCAACAACCGGAUUUGAGUUAGCAUCUGAAGCAUCCACAUCACUGGGUGUCCAAGCGCCAUGGACUGGCCAGUUUUGGGCACGAACUGGUUGCUCCACUGACGCCUCAGGAACGUUCUCUUGCACUACUGCGGAUUGCGCCUCCAGACAGGUUGCAUGCAAUGGCAAUGGUGCCGUCCCGCCAGCAUCUUUGGUAGAAAUCAACAUAGCAGCGAAUAACGGGCAAGACUUUUAUGAUGUCAGCCUUGUCGAUGGCUUCAACUUGCCUGUUUCAGUGAGCACAGAAGGCGGGAGCGGUGAUUGCCAGACCUCGAGUUGCUCGGCCAAUGUGAACGUGGUUUGCCCAGCAGAGCUGCAACUGAAAGUCGCGGAUGGGAGCGUGGUCGCAUGCAAGAGCGCAUGCAAAACGUUCAAUCGGCCACAAUACUGCUGCACUGGCGAUUUCAGUACUCCACAAUCAUGUCGUCCCACGAACUAUUCCAUGAUCUUCGAGAACCAGUGCCCUCAAGCUUAUAGCUAUGCUUAUGAUGAUGUGAACAGCACCUUCACCUGCUCCGGUGCACCUAAUUACAUUAUCACUUUCUGCCCUUGAAUAACGUCUAGCUUGAUCA